AUGUCAUCUCGUGUGAUGAAAAACCUCCUCGCCAUGCUUGAGGCAGAAGAAGCCGAAGCAUUGAAAUCCAACAACCAUGGUACUGCUAACGCAUUUAACAACCAUGGUACUGCUAGUGCUAUUCCAUAUAACAACCAUGGUACUGCUAACGCAUUUAACAACAAUGGCGGGAACCAAAAUUUCUCUGGUGCCAGAAUCAACAGCGGUGCGAACUCUGGGGACCGAAAGAAAUACCGCACCACCAACAAUGUUGGUGGUCGCACCAUUAACAACAGUGGUACUUUCCGUGGUAAUGGCAAUGGAGGGUAUACUGAGGGUAACUCUGACGCAUCCACAUUAAACUAUUACAAAUAG